CUGGAUCACGGGUCGGUCCCCUGGUCCCUGCUGCCUGCGUCCGCCGGGACGGGGCGCAGGUAAAGGGUUACGCGUGGCUGGGAGGCUCGCCGGCUGCCCGCCCACGUGACGCGCCGGCCCAAUGACCGCGGCCCGGCUGUGGCUGCAGCGCGGCGGGCUCCCGGCGGCACUGAGCCACACUCGCGGGUCCCGGCGCGGACGCCCGAGGCCCCCCGAAGCCAUGGGCGCCCCGACCCUGGAGACGCCGCCCCGCCGCAGGAAGAGAAGUUAAACACCCAGAGAAGCCUAAUGGGCGAGCUCCCCGGCAGAUUUGUGCUGGCUGCCUGUCUACCCUGCCUGCCACUGAGUUGGAUGGUGUGAGGACCUGGCCUUCUAGCCACCCUGCAUCCCUCACUACUGUGGGCCCACAUGUGUCCAGGGACACAUUUCAAUCUCCUUGCAUGGCUAAGUCCCGGACCGUUCCAUCAACUGUGGGUUCUAAAUAAUAAGAUGGUAACAAAAAAUAAUCCAGAUGGGGUGCAGGUGUUGUAAGAUGAUACAAAGCUAUCUCUUUGAUCCAGUUCAAGUGCCCUCCCCUGGUUUUGUCAACGAAGUGAACAACUGCAGGUUGGAGGAGGAUGACACUGUCAGACUAAAAGGCACCCAGAACAGUGAGGUUGAGGUGCCCAGGAAUGCCCUGCACGGUGGGAGCCUGACCAAGACUGAGAACAGAGACGGUACAUCUGGUCUACCUCGCCAAGGCCCGCUCCCUCAGGAGGACUCUGAAGAGAGACACUGUGCGGAGAAGCAUGGUAUUGUCAAUGGUAUCAGCCCCACCGCCACUCUGCAUUUGGUCAGGAGUCCCAGGCCCCACCAGGUCGAUGGUGGCUCCUGGGCCAGCAGCUCCUGGGCAGGCACCAUAGACAGCACUCACCCAACUCAACCCUUCCUUGAAGGAGAGGACUGCAGGAAGCAGAGCUGCAUGGUGCCCACUUCGGAAGACACCCAGAUGGUGGGACAUGGAGACUGCAGAGCCCCUGCUGAGGUCUUGGCAGGGGCAGACCACGUCCUACACAUACCAGCCCCGGAUUACCCCCAGCUCUGGAGCCCCACACUAGACAAUGCAGACCCUGAAGAAAAGGAUUAUCUCUUUGAGAACCACUCUGAGCCGGGAAAUCACCCCAGGGUGAAUGAGCAGGGUCUGAGCCUGCCCUUCUCCCUGAAGAGAAGCUGGGACUCCCUGAAUGAGGCCGUGACUGCGGAAGUUCUGAAUGUCUACUUUAAAGAGGAGGGUCCCACUCACCCUCCACCAGUGGUUGAUUCUCGAAAUGAGCCGGAAGUCCCACACACUUACAAUGAGGCCAGAGAUGGAGUGGUGGUAGAUGAGGACGCUGAGGUGGCCGAAGCCCUGGCAGCUUUAGAAGCUGCGACUGCAGGAGAAGAUGCAGAGGAGGCAGAUUAGGGGAGGGGCUGGGUGAGAGGCCGGGCGGAGCCGGGGUGAGGAAGCUGCAGUCACGCUGCCCCGGCAGCCUUACCAGCCACACCACGUGUUUACAUCUGUUCCCUUCCCAUCGCCAGGACCUGUGCCACCCUGCCAGCUGUGUGCAGCAUCCUCUGGGUAGCUGGACCCUGAUUCAGAAUGCUAGAAUCAAAGUCAGCGUGGGCCUCUGUGUCCACGUCCACCACACAUGCAGAAGUUAAGCAGCUUGCUUGCUGGCCCUGGAAAGCUCCCCCAGAACAUCUGUCCAGAUGUGCAUGAGAAUGCCCUGAUAUCCCCACACCUGAUCCCCAGGGGGCACACAAACAUGCUGUUUGAAUGUAUUUCUUUACCUUGUUUUUGAGAGCCAAAUACUUCACCCAUCCUAGAAAGGGUAACUAUCCACUUAAAGUGCCUACUGUGCGCCAGAGCUUAACUUCAGGGACAGACCACCCAGGGAUCUACUAACUAACCACUUUGAGAAUGUCAGGUUAAGUUUUGUGGCCUUGGGGAUGGAACAGAUGUGACCAAUGAAAAAAUGGUUAGGCCUUAGCUGUGCUAUGAAAACACCUUGACCUUAACUUUUUUUUACACUAUUACUUUUUAAUCUCCUUUGGGAUGCUGGAGGCUGGCCAAAAUACUUCUUAAAACUAGUGUCAUGUUUCAGUUUCAAGUUCAUGAGUGUCUUGGAACAGCAAAGCCAUUUACGGAGGGGUUUGGGUCAUUAAAUGUCGGGUUCCCAUUAAAGCAGCAUAGCAUAUGUGUCUCUGUCUUGUCUCAAAGCUGGGUAGGAUGGUCCCAGACCAUCAGCGACCAUUGGUGUUUCCUCCAGGUUACACAGGUAGACAUUCAUUCAUGGUAAUAAAACAGGAAGGGCCAGACAUGGCGCCCCCUCUGUGUUAAGGUGGUAUAGUCCCACUUUCUUUUAACACCAGGUUGGUUAGCAUCUGGUCACUUGGCCACGUCUCGCUGGAGAGAAGGGAGAAUAGAAAACAUAAUCAAGCUGUGUAUUCGGGUAUCCCACAUCAAUCUGGGAUCUAAUCCCUGAGGAUAGGAGAGAAGGACAUUGGUGUCGAGGUGAGCAGCUGUAGAUGUAACCGUCUUGUUAAAUAAGAAACACAGAACCAA